GAGAGAGCAGACGUUCUCUCCUGGCUCACGACGGCGAGGUGAGCUGAGGUGGCCAGCUUUGGGAAAGACCCUGUGGGGGCUUCAAAGCCGUGGCUUCUCGGUGAUUGGCUCCAUGCAACAUUAAGGCUCAGCUAUUAGCCUUUCAGAAAGAUGGAUAGAAGAAAUGACUAUGGUCAUCGGGUACCCACAUUCCAGGGCCCUCCGCCUCCCUCUGGGAGCCUAGGGCUUCCUUUCUCUCCAGAUGUACAGGCGGAGGCCACAGAAAAGGACGCACCAAUUGCCAACCGAUCUAAGAAAAACAGGAAGAAGAAGAAGAAGAAGUCUAUUGAUAAGACCACACCUGCUCCCCCUCCAGUCCCACCUGCCAAUGAUAAUGCUAGCAACAAGCCUAAAGUAACUUUGCAGGCUUUAAACCUACCUAUGUUCACCCAGACCAGUCAGGCUUCAGCUACUACUGAGGCACCCAAUAUGCAGGCUUCAGUUACUAAUCAGAACAAGAAAGCCAAGGCAAAGAGAGGGGCUCCCAAUGUAUCCCAAACUGGCACUGAGGAUGUCACUACACAGGUCAAGUCACCAUUACAGGCCCAAAACCUGCCAGUUACUGCACCGACUAUCCAGACUCCAGUUGCCAAUGAGUCAGCUAAUUCCCAGGCCUUGAUGGCUGUCAACAAAUCCAAUAAAGCUUCUAAUGCGAAGGAUGCCAAUAAGACUGUACCUAGCACCACCGAGAUCUCAUUGGCUUCGGCUGCCACCCACACAGCUACUACCCAAGGCCAAGCUGCCAAGGAGACAGGUAGUAACCAGGCUACGGCAGCCACUGUCCGAAGCAAGAACGCUUCCAAAGGAAAAAGAACAACUGCUAAGAACACAAAUACUGACACUGAAUAUGUAGAGGCCUCAAAUGCCCCUGAGGCAUCUAGCAGACAGAUUGAGGCAUCAGCUGUAGUUCCAAGGCCCAAAAAGCCCAAGGGGAAGAAGGCUACCAAUAAAGGCUCAAAUUCUGCUUCUGAGCAGUCUGAAGCUCCACCUGAUAUUCAAAUGGUCUCAAACCAUGGCCUAUCAGUCACUGUACAGAUCAGGAGAGGGUCUAGGGCUCGAAAGGCUGCCAAUAAGACUCGGGCAACUGAAAGCCAGGCUCAGAGCACUGAACAAGGAGCUCAGGCCCCUCAGGCCAGCAUAAGUGCCCUGGAGACUCAGGUUGCUGCUGCUGUCCAGGCCUUGGCAGAUGACUAUCUGGCUCAGUUGACUUUAGAAUCCACAGCCAGAGCCCGGGGCAAGAGGAACCGGAAGUCUAAGCAUCCCAAUGGAGAAGACAGAAGUGGGAAUAAUUUCAGGCGGAUCCCAUGGGGCAGAAGGCCUCCACCACCCCGAGAUGUGGCCAUUUUGCAGGAAAGGGCAAAUAAGUUGGUGAAAUACCUGUUGGUUAAAGACCAGACAAAGAUCCCAAUUAAGCGCACAGAUAUGGUGAAGGAUAUCAUCCAAGAAUAUGAGGACUAUUUCCCAGAGAUCAUUGAACGAGCAAGCUACGCUCUGGAGAAGAUGUUUCGAAUCAAUCUGAAGGAAAUUGAUAAGCAAAAUAGCUUGUAUAUUCUUAUCAGCACUCAGGAAUCCACUGCAGGCAUAAAGGGAAAGACCAAGGACACACCUAAGCUGGGUCUCCUCAUGGUUAUUCUGAGUGUCAUCUUCAUGAAUGGCAACAAGGCCAGUGAGGCUGUCAUCUGGGAGGUGCUGCGCAAGUUGGGGCUGCGUCCUGGGGUAAGACAUUCACUCUUUGGAGAAGUGAGGAAACUCAUCACAGAUGAAUUUGUGAAGCAGAAAUAUCUGGAAUACAAGAGGGUCCCCAACAGCAGACCACCUGAGUACGAAUUCUUCUGGGGCCUACGGUCUUACCAUGAGACUAGCAAGAUGAAAGUCCUGAAGUUCGCAUGCAAGGUACAGAAGAAAGAUCCCAAAGACUGGGCUGCUCAGUACCGCGAGGCAGUUGAGAUGGACAUUCAGGCUGCAGCUGUGGCUGUGGCUGAGGCUAAGGCCAGGGCUGAGGCAAGAACCCAAAUGGGGAUUGGAGAGGAAGCUGUGGCUGGGCCCUGGAAUUGGGAUGACAUGGAUAUUAACUGCCUAACAAGGGAAGAGUUGAAUGAGGAUAUACAGCCCUGGGGCAGAUUUACCUUUGAAUUUAAUCCCAGAAACCAAGAAAAUGAAGAUCCCACCGCUAAUGUCAACUUCCUCCAUGGAGCUAGUGCCAGAAAUAGCUUCAGUGAUGGUGCUAGUAUUAGCUUUGGUGGUAUAACCAACCCCAGUGGUGGGUUUGGUGGUAUACCCAACCCCAGUGGUGGGUUUGGUGGUUUAACCAACCCCAGUGGUGGGUUUGGUGGUUUAACCAACCCCAGUGGUGGCUUUGGUGGUAUAUCCAACCCCAGUGGUGGCUUUGGUGGUAUAUCCAACCCCAGUGGUGGCUUUGGUGGUAUAUCCAACCCCAGUGGUGGCUUUGGUGGUAUAACCAACCCCAGUGGUGGCUUUGGUGGUAUAUCCAACCCCAGUGGUGGGUUUGGUGGUAUAUCCAACUCCAGUGGUGGGUUUGGUGGUGUAUCCAACCCCAAUGGUGGCUUUGGUGGUAUAUCCAACCCCAGUGGUGGCUUUGGUGGUAUAACUAACCCCAGUGGUGGCUUUGGUGGUAUAACCAACCCCAGUGGUGGCUUUGGUGGUAUAACCAACUCCAGUGGUGGCUUUGGUGGUAUAACCAACCCCAGUGGUGGCUUUGGUGGUAUAACCAACUCCAGUGGUGGCUUUGGUGGUGUAUCCAACCCCAGUGGUGGCUUUGGUGACAGAAAUGGCAUUACCUUUGGGACUGUACCCAACACCUCUGCUAACUUCAGCAGUGCACCAAGCAUUAGCUUUGGUGACACACCCAAUACUAUCACCAGUUUCAGUAGUGGAGUCAGCAGUAGCUUCAGUGGCACACCUAGUACUAGUGCCACUUUGUGUAACACAGAGAGCAUUAACUUUGGUGGUACACCCACCACUAGCACCAGCUUCAGCACAGCAAGCAUUAGCUUUGGUGGUACACCCAGCACUGCUGGUAGUUUCAGUGGUGGAUCCAACAGCAUUAGCUUUGGUGGUGCUCCUACCAUCAGUACCAGUUUCAGUGGUGGAUCCAACAGCAUUAGCUUUGGUGGUGCUCCUACCACCAAUACCAGUUUCAGUGGUGGAUCCAACAGCAUUAGCUUUGGUGGUGCUCCUACCACCAGUCCCAGUUUCAGUGGUGGAUCUAACAGCAUUAGCUUUGGUGGUGCACCUUCUACCAGUGCCAGUUUCAGUGGUGGAUCCAACAGCAUUAGCUUUGGUGGUGCUCCUACCACCAGUACCAGUUUCAGUGGUGGAUCCAACAGCAUUAGCUUUGGUGGUGCUCCUACCACCAGUCCCAGUUUCAGUGGUGGAUCCAACAGCAUUAGCUUUGGUGGUGCUCCUACCACCAGUACCAGUUUCAGUGGUGGAUCCAACAGCAUUAGCUUUGGUGGUACUCCUACCACCAGUACCAGUUUCAGUGGUGGAUCCAACAGCAUUAGCUUUGGUGGUGCUCCUACCACCAGUCCCAGUUUCAGUGGUGGAUCCAACAGCAUUAGCUUUGGUGGUGCUCCUACCACCAGUCCCAGUUUCAGUGGUGGAUCCAACAGCAUUAGCUUUGGUGGUGCUCCUACCACCAGUACCAGUUUCAGUGGUGGAUCCAACAGCAUUAGCUUUGGUGGUGCUCCUACCACCAGUCCCAGUUUCAGUGGUGGAUCCAACAGCAUUAGCUUUGGUGGUGCUCCUACCACCAGUACCAGUUUCAGUGGUGGAUCCAACAGCAUUAGCUUUGGUGGUGCUCCUACCACUAGUCCCAGUUUCAGUGGUGGAUCCAACAGCAUUAGCUUUGGUGGUACACCUUCUACCAGUGCCAAUUUCAAUGGUGGAGCCAACAGUGGCACACUUUGCUGUACCAACACUGGUUUUAGUGGUGCACUCAGCCCAAGCACCAGCUUCAGCAGUGCACCGACUACAAGCACUGUCUUCAGUGGUGCAGUUAGCACCACCACUGGCUUUGGUGGCACACUUAGUACCAGUGUCUCCUUUGGUAGUUCUUCCUACACUGGCACUGGCUUUGGAGGCACACUCAGUACCAGUAUCUCCUUUGGUGGUUCCCCUAGCCCCAAUACUGGUUUUGGUGGUUCACUUAGCACCAGUGUUUCCUUUGGUGCUUCUUCUAACACCAGCUCUGAUUUUGGUGGCACACUAAAUACUAGUGUCAGCUUUGGUGGCUCUUCUGGUGCCAGUGCUGGAUUUGGCGGUAUACUCAGCAGCAGUACCAGCUUUGGCGGUGUCAUCAGCACCAGCACUGGCUUCGGCAGUGCACUCAGCAGCAGUGCUAGCUUUGGUGGUGCCAUAAGUACCGGCUUUAGUGGUGUACUCAAUAACAGUGCCAGCUUAGGCGGUGCCAUCAACACCAGUGUUGGCUUCGGCAGUACACUCAACAGCAGUGCUGGCUUUGGCAGUGCCAUCAGCACCAGUGCUAGCUUUGGCAGUGCACUCAGCACCAGUGCCAGCUUUGGUGGUGUACUCAAUAGUGCUGGCUUUGGCGGUGCCAUCAAUACAGGUGCCACCUUUGGUGGUGUACUCAAUGGCAGUGCUGGCUUUGGUGGUGCCAUGAGCACCAAUGGCAGUUUUGGUGGUGCACUGAAUAAUAGUGCUGGCUUUGGCGGUGCCAUCAAUACGAAUGCCACCUUUGGUGGUGCACUGAAUCACAGUGCUGGCUUUGGCGGUGCCAUCAAUACAAGUGCCACCUUUGGUGGUGCACUGAAUCACAGUGCUGGCUUUGCCGGUGCCAUCAGUACGAGUACUAGCUUUGGUGGUGCACUGAAUCACAGUGCUGGCUUUGCCGGUGCCAUCAAUACGAGUGCCAGCUUUGGUGGUGCACUGAAUCACAGUGCUGGCUUUGCUGGUGCCAUCAAUACAAAUGCCACCUUUGGUGGUGCACUGAAUCACAGUGCUGGCUUUGCCGGUGCCAUCAAUACAAAUGCCACCUUUGGAGGAGCACUGAAUCACAGUGCUGGCUUUGCCGGUGCCAUCAAUACGAAUGCCACCUUUGGUGGUGCACUGAAUAACAGUGCUGGCUUUGCCGGUGCCAUCAAUACGAAUGCCACCUUUGGUGGUGCACUGAAUAACAGUGCUGGCUUUGCCGGUGCCAUCAGUACGAGUGCCAGCUUUGGUGGUGCACUGAAUAACAGUGCUGGCUUUGCCGGUGCCAUCAAUACGAGUGCCAGCUUUGGUGGAGCAGUCAGCACUAGCCCUGACUUUGGUGGCGCGUUCAGUAACAGUGUUGGCUUUGGUGGCGCACUUAGUACCACUGACUUUGGUAAUACCCAUAGCAACAGCAUUAGCUUUGGCAGUGCUCCUUCUACCAGUGUUAGCUUUGGUGGGUCUCACAGCAGUAACCUCUCUCUUGGUGGAGCACCUAGCAGCAGUCUCUGUUUUGGCAGUGCAUCUAACACCAACCUAUGCUUUGGAGGCUCUUCUAGCACCAACUCCUGCUUUAGUGGUGCUACCAGUGUCAAUUACAGUGAGGGGCACAGCACCAGUGCCAUUUUCAGUUUUGGGAAUGGGCUAAGUACCAAUGCAGGCUUUGGAAAUGGGUUGGGCAAUAGUGCUGGCUUUGGCAGCAGCCUAAGUAACAGCACUAGCUUUGGUGGAAGCUUAGGCCCCAGCGCUAGCUUCAGUGGUGCCCUGGGCACCAGCACUGGCUUUGGCGGUGGACUAGUCUCCAGCACGGAUUUCAGUGGUGGACUAAAUCAUAAUGCUGACUUCAAUGGAGGACUGGGUACCACUGCUGGCUUCAAUGGUGGACUAAACACUAACACUGAUUUUGGUGGCGAACUGGGCACUAGCGCUGGCUUUGGAGAUGGACUGGGCAGCAGCACCGGCUUUGGUGGUGGACUGGUCACUAGUGAUGGCUUUGCUGGUAACCUGGGUACCAAUACUGGUUUUGGUGGCACACUUGGCACUGGUGCAGGCUUUAGUGUAAGCCUCGGCACUGGCAAUGGCUUUGGCAAUGGGCCUAAUGCCAGCUUCAACAGAGGACUGAAUACCAUCAUUGGCUUUGGCAGUGGUUCCAACACCAGCAGUGGCUUUACUGGUGAACCCAACACUGGAUCCAACUUCAGUAAUGGACCCAGUUCUAUUGUUGGCUUUAGUGGUGGACCAAGCACUGGUGCUGGCUUCUGCAGUGGACCAAGCACUGGUGGCUUCGGUGGCGGACCAAGUACAGGACCUGGCUUCGGUGGACCAAGCACUGGAGGUGGUUUCGGUGGACCAAGCACUGGAGGUGGUUUCGGAGGACCACGCACUGGAGGUGGUUUCGGAGGACCAAGCACUGGAGGUGGUUUCGGUGGACCAAGCACUGGAGGUGGUUUCGGAGGACCACGCACUGGAGGUGGUUUCGGAGGACCAAGCACUGGAGGUGGUUUCGGAGGACCAAGCACUGGAGGUGGUUUCGGAGGACCAAGCACUGGAGGUGGUUUCGGAGGACCAAGCACCGCAGCUGGCUUUGGUGGUGGACCGAACACCAGUGCUGGAUUCAAUGGUGGACCACCAAGCACCGGGACUGGCUUUGGUGGUGGAGCCUCUGGCCACGGUGCCUGUGGCUUCCCUUACGGCUAGUGAAGUUUCAGGCUUGUUCCCCCUGUUUACAGAUAAUGCUAACUGCAGCAGUCCUUCCCAUGGAGCCAAUGUGCAGCUUUGGAAUUGUUGUCCAUGCAGCAGCCUAAGCACUAUUCCCCAU